AUGGCGUCUCCGGAGACUUGCCCGACGGAGCGACGCUGCGGGCUUCCCUCCACGUUGGCGCUGCUGCUCCUCUACCUGAGCUACCUGCUGCUGGGCAGCGCCGCGUUUUGGGCGCUCGAGUCGCCCCAGGAACGCGACACGACGGAGCACCUCCUGCAGGAAAAGUGGGAGCUCCUGGUGAACUUUACUUGCCUGGAACGGGAGGCUCUGGAGCGGCUGGCGGAGAAUAUCAUCCAAGCCUACAAGAGUGGACUUUACCUUAAAGGAAAUACCAGUCUGGGCAGAUGGGACUUUGUCGGCUCCUUCUUUUUCUCUGUUUCUACAGUAACAACUAUUGGCUAUGGCAACUUGAGCCCCAAUACGGUAGCUUCACAAGUGCUCUGCAUCUUCUUUGCCCUCUUUGGGAUUCCCUUAAAUCUUAUUCUUUUGAAUAGGAUAGGACAGCUGAUGCUCUCUGGGGUGCAUUUAUGUGCCUUCUAUCUAGAUGCGAAGUUCCAGUGGCAGAGGGGAGCAGUUGUCUUGACCCGGACCUGUGCCCUGGUUGUUGGCCUUUUAUUAUUUCUUUUGUUACCACCUUUGUUGUUUUCUGCCAUCGAAGGCUGGACUUAUGAAGAAGGAUUCUACUAUUCCUUCAUAACUUUAAGUACAAUAGGCUUUGGAGAUUAUGUCAUUGGCAUGAACCCUACACGUACUUACCCAGACUGGUAUAAGAACGUGGUAUCUCUGUGGAUCCUCUUUGGGCUGGCCUGGUUAGCCCUGAUUAUUAAUCUCUGCAUCAGCUUAGUAGAAAAUUCUAGGAGACUUUGCCAGUGCUGCAAAACAAAAAGUCACACCAUAAGUCAGGAGUUAACGAAUGGCAACCUACACAUUAAUUUGGAGCCAGAAGAUCAGCAGAAAUGUGGCACGAAAGACAUAGAACCUGUGAGGCUGGAUUGA